CUUUUACUUCCACUUUGACACAUUGUACACUGAAAUAUCGCACAGCGUGGAUACACCGCAUCGUCAUUUCAUAUCAUAGGCAUCCAAAAUGCUCCAUAUUAUCCUCCUUGUGGCAACGUUGACUUUCUCUGCUGAAACGGCAGAGAGACCAGUUCUGCUCCAGUCUCCAGCAGUGCACAGUGUGUUACAGGGUAGCUCUGUCAGAUUCCAGUGUCGCAUGGAGAAUGCCAAUGUCAGCAAACUCAUUAUUACUUGGUUCAAGCAAGGAUCCAGCAGACAGGAGCUGCUAACAUCCGAUUCACACAACAAUGUCCACCGUAACAAAGGAGUGACAGCACGCUUCCAACCUUCUAGGGAUGUCUCCAAUAACAGCUACAUCCUGAACAUCACAAACGUACAACUCAGUGAUGAUGCUGUCUAUGUUUGUAGUGUGCAGGGAUCGAUCUACGGGGAAGGAACCCAGCUGAAUGUAACCAUUCCUGCAGUGGCAAUGAACAGAGAGCUGUGGAUUGUCUGGAUCGCUGUGGGGGCUGUACUGGGAGCUAUUGUCAUCGCUGGAGCCACUGUUCUCUUCUGUAUCAGACGCACUCGGUGUCAGGAACUGUCAUGCUCCUCAGCUACUCGUUCUGUUGACACUUUGCGAACCAUGGAUUGUGAAUGCACCCCUCUUCCUGGAGACACACAGGUUCUCGAGAAGCCUAAGAAAUCAAGAACAACCCAACAAGUUGCCUAUAACUCCCCAAAUGAUGGAAUCAUUUCAAGCAAAAACCCAACAUACUACAGCUUUGAUGAAAAAUGUUGCAGCAAUAGCCAAAUGCAGGGGACUAAAGCAGUUCCAGGAAAAUGCAGGCGUGACAGAGAAGUUGAAAAACAGCAACAGAAAGUCAUGAAAUGCGAUACUGAUGAAGAAAUCUAUGCAAAUUACAAUCAGAUUAACCAUCAUUCCAAUAAAAAGGAAUCCAGUGAACUUCAAGAAGAUUCCAACGCAACAUAUGCGAAUUUUGAUCCACGUUAUUAAUUCAGUGAACAAAAGGGAAUACUCUAUGGUGCUGCUGUAUGAUAGGCACUGAUUGCCUGAAAUGGAAACAUUUUCUGAUUCAGAAUGCUGAGGAGCCUCCCUCACCAGCAGCAGACAGAACCAAGCACAAUGGAUCAGAGAGACAGAAAGACAGGCAAUAGAUUGUAUAGAGAAAUUGGAGAGUGAAAACUGUGAAUAUUUACACCUUGUUUCCCAACACCCAAUGUUUCUGAACUGCAUGAAUGCUGAAUUGGAUUGGCUUCCAGCUGAUAUAGGACAUCCCAUUGUGUAGUUGACAUAGUUUUCAGACCAGAUGCUACUCAGUGUAAGCUUUGCGAUGUAUUACCAACUACAGUGAGAGUCAGCACUGGCCUCAGUUCCUUCAUGUCUAGUUCCUUAUCGGCUCCUGUCUGAGAUUAAAAUGUUCUUUCAAUUGUCUAUUCAUCAGCUGAGUGUGUGAGAGAUGCCAUGGCUUGUCCAUCAGUUUGGCUAUCAGCCAGUCACAGGGUUGUUGUUACACUGGUGACUCCUGACCCAUGGAAUUAGUGCUGAUUGAAAAACCAAAUCAACAGACUGUCUCUGGACACAACUGCCAUAAAUACACAUUUACAAAGCCAAUGAUUCCAGUAUAAUUCCCCACUAUCAGAAGAAAGUAACAAUGGAAAUACAACUCAUAAUGUUGAGAAACCACCAUUGGUUAUUCAAAGCUGAGAAAGUCUAAGCUCUCAGUUGUGUGAACAGUCAAGAAAGAAAAAUCUCAUGUCUCAAAGAACCAGAACAAAAGGAGCAGUGAAGACAAAAGAUUUGAAUAGGAAGGUACCUGUCUCUGAAUGUUGAUCAAUCUAAAGUGAUAGUGUUCAAGAGUAGUUGGGAUCUUGUUUUCAGAAUCAUUCAAACUGUGUUUUAUUUCAACAGUGCAGCUGUUUUCUUAAUUUUUAUUUCAUUGAUAUGCUUCUGUUUUAUUCUUAAAGGUAAAUCUGCAGCACUGUGGACUGUAAUUUCAGUAAAAUACUAACAUAUUAAAUAAUCAUAACAAAACAAAACUGAUUAAAAAAGACUUGACCAGGAAGAGCAUCACCAGAGAUCAGAACAAUCAACAGGAGCUGACAUUAAAUUCAAGCCAAUUACAAGGGUAUAGCAAUGUGAUUAGCAAGAUUGGAUGAUGGAAACAGUUUGAAAAGAUCAGGCAUUGGAGAUGCACUAUAACACAUUUCAGGAGAUAUUUCAGAAAUCUCAACAAAUAUAUCUAUUCAAAAAAGGAUGUCAGAAGAGGCAUAUAAUUCAACAAGACAAUAACCAUUGGUUUGAGAAUGAAAGAAAAAAGCUGACAGUAUAGGAAAGAUUAGGUUGAACUUGAGUGCCCAAUCCAGUUUGAAUCUUAUUUUAUUUCUUGCUACACUUGUCUGUCUUGGUCAUCCAGUUAGGAGGAGCAUUCAGAGUGAGCCAUUGAAGGCUCACUCAUCCAGGCCAGACCACAUCAGGGUGACUAGGGUUCCUUCACUGGAAGACAUCUGAGAAUUUCAGAUGGGUUUCCAGGAUGAUUGAUAACUUCAUGUGGGAGGAGAAAGUGAGGUCUGCAGAUGCUGGAGUAUCAGAGCUGAAAAUGUGUUGCUGGAAAAACGCAGCAGGUCAGGCAGCAUCCA